CCAGAGCUAUUCAUUUCUGGUGAUCGCCUCAACGAUACAAAAUAUAACCACUUUAAGCCUCCAGGACCAAACAAUCCUAUUGUUUACCUGUGUUUUUAAAAUUAUUAUUUUUUCUGUUCUGAACAACACAAUAAAUCAAAAUGGUAGUUGCUGUGAAAGUAUUCAAAAAGACUACCCCUAACGGGAAAGUCACUGUGUACCUUGGCAAGCGUGACUUCAUUGAUCAUAUAGAUUACUGUGACCCUGUUGAUGGAGUGGUUGUGGUUGACACUGAAUACCUGAAAGGAAGGAAAGUUUACAGUCAGCUCGUUACGACAUACCGCUAUGGUAGGGAGGAAGAUGAAGUGAUGGGAGUGAAAUUUUCUAAGGAAAUGGUCAUUGGCCAAGAACAGGUUGUGCCCAUGAUCAACGCCAAAAUGGAGUUGACCCCAGUGCAAGAAAAACUUCUCAAGAAACUCGGACCAAAUGCUUUUCCUUUCACGUUCAACUUCCCAGAGAUGGCGCCGAGCUCGGUAACUUUGCAACCGUCUGAAGAAGAUCAGGGAAAGCCUAUGGGCGUCGAGUACUGCGUACGUACAUAUGUGGCUGAAAAUGAAGACCAGAAGAGUCACAAACGUAGCUCCGUUACUCUUGCAAUCAAGAAGUUGCAACAUGCUCCAGCCACACGUGGUCGACGUCUUCCCAGCUCUCUUGUAAGCAAAGGAUUUACCUUCAGCAAUGGCAAAAUCAACCUCGAAGUAACCCUUGACAGGGAAAUCUACUACCAUGGCGAGAAGCUUGCGGCCAAUGUCAUUGUUUCAAACAAUUCGCGUAAAUCGGUACGCAACAUUCGCUGCAUGGUUGUACAACAUGUGGAAAUUACUAUGAUAAACUCGCAAUUCAGUCGCCACGUUGCUUCUUUGGAAAGUCGUGAAGGCUGCCCUAUUACACCUGGAGCUAGCUUAUCCAAGACUUUCUAUUUGGUACCUCUGGCUCGCACUAACAAGGACAUACGCGGUGUUGCUCUAGAUGGACAUCUUAAAGAAGAUGACGUGAACUUGGCCAGCUCGACCCUGGUGUCUGAGGGCAAAUGUCCAGCUGAUGCUAUUGGUAUCGUCGUGUCUUACUCUGUCCGUGUGAAACUCAACUGUGGUACUCUUGGUGGGGAGCUGGUUACUGAUGUACCCUUCAAACUGCUUCAUCCAGCUGAAGGAACCGUGGAGCGUCAACGUUUCAAUGCUAUGAAGAAAAUGCAGUCCAUCGAGAGACACCGCUAUGAAAAUUCGCUGUAUGCUAAUGAGGAAGAAGACAAUAUUGUAUUUGAAGACUUCGCUCGUCUGCGGAUGAACGAGCCUGAGUAAAUAUUCGAACCAAUGGAGAAUUAAAAAAAAAAAGAAAAACUUAAAAAAUGAUUUAAAAAAAAAAAGAAAAAUGUAUUUAAAACUAAAUGUGUUGUUGAAAAAACUAAAAGUAACGUUUAUUACCUUUUUAAUUGAUUUAUUAUGCUUGCUUAUUAUUCAAUUCCACAAUUAUAUUAAUAUUUUUAUGAAAAUACUAUGUAUUUAUUGCAUUAUUUUUGACAUAUGCUAGCCUAAACUUUUUUCAAAUGACAAUUAAGUUAUAAUCACCUUUUAAAAAUGUAAUAACUAUUAAUAUAUUAGAUUAGAUAGACAUCUACUCAAAUUGAACCUUACCUUAUUAUGUGUAUUCCAAAAUAGAUUCCAAAUAAACAAAACUUCACCGGA